AUGGGUCCUAAAGCCAAGGCUGCUAAGAAGGACACCGCUCCUUCCAAGGCUAAGGAGCGGGCCCCUUCACCAGACCAUGAGACACCUUCACAGACCAUGGAGGGGCUUGAAAUGAAGCUUGGGCCUUUAAUUUUUCUGCACAAGGUUGGCACGGUAAAGCUGCCAAGGAUCAAGCAAGCGGUUCAGUUUUUGAAGAAGCGGAAGCAGUGGCCGUCCCAGGGCUCCAAAGAAGGAUCGGUGUCAGGCUUAUCAGUGAUAAGCAACAAGUUCAAAGGCAGCCAAGUUGCGCACUACCUGUGUUGCUUAGCUGAUGUGGACCUCAAUGAUCAGAACACCUUCCCGACUUGCAAGCAGAUCGAAGAGUGGGCUGCUUAUUGGUGGAGUGAGGGGAAGGUUUUCCAUGCUUCCCCACUCAUGGUCCACGCCUUCUGCACGGAGGACUCAGAGCGCGGAAGUUUGAUGCUUGCAGAGGAUUCCGGCAGGAUCCUGUCUUUCGUUUUCGCCUAUGCCCGGGAGUGCGGGCUCAAGCUGCCAGAUCGACUUGAUGGCGACGAUGUGUCUGACGACGAGCCGCCAGCAGGAGCUGGCGGUGACGGAGGAAAGGAGAAGCUGGCAAAGUAUUACCAGAUAGCCUCCACGUGUCAGCUCAUUCUGACACGAGUUCAUGCAGGAGAGCAUCGUAUUCUAAGAGUGAUUCAAGCAGCAGAGGAUCUGUCCCAGCGCGUUCAAGAGUUCGGUAACCAGCUGCCAAUGCUCUAUGCCUCGCGGCUCAUCAUGCCACUUGGUCGG